GUGGUUACACUGGUCUCAUGUUUUGGUGAAGUUUACUAUUACGGUACUUAUCCGAUUCUCUACCUUUCUAGACUUUUAUUGUUAUUUCUAGCUUGUCUUUCCAUCGGGCUAGGCGUAUUUUUUUAAUUUAAACCGAAUUGAGCACGUCGACGUUUCGGGCCCGUCCUACGCUAGGAGAAGAACCGAAGCCAGGAGAACUUCGCCACCAGUAAAUCGUUCAAAUGCUAGCUUAGCCGACCUCUCUUCCAGGAUUUUCGUGCCAAAUUUUAGACAUAAAUAUCUCAACAAUGACAAUGGGAGAAGAAACUCCAGUUACAUCACUCAUCAUGCCCGUCCUGAUCAGACCUAUCCUCUCUCAGCUUGAGAGGAGGGACGUAGUAGCGUCUCAAACGCUCAGAGCCGCCUUGUCGAAGGUCGAAGCCGUCCACCCUGGCUUCACGUUUGACUUUGUUGUCGGUAUCAUGAAACAUGCAGACUUUAGCGUUAACAUGAACGAGAGCAUGCUACGGCUACAAGGCGCUGCAACAGACAUGGAUGCAGUCGAGUAUCGAUUGACAAGGUCAGAGGAUGCAUUCCAAGAGUUGAACAGGAAGUCGGCUGCCUUGAAGAAAAUUCUGAGCAGGAUUCCAGAUGAAAUAACGGACAGAAAGACCUUUUUAGAGACCAUCAAGGAAAUCGCAAGCGCAAUCAAAAAACUGUUAGAUGCUGUUAACGAUGUCGCAGGUUUCAUACCUGGAUCAACAGGCAAGCAAGCACUCGAACAGAGAAAGAGGGAGUUCGUCAAGUUUUCUAAACGCUUUAGUAACACACUGAAAGAUUAUUUUAAAGAGGGACAGGGCAAUGCUGUAUUUGUAAGUGCACUUUAUUUAAUACAUCAGACGAAUAUGAUAAUGGUUACUGUCAAGAGUAAAUGUGAAUAAACUUGUAAGAAUA